AUGGAGGAAAUCUUAGCUGGGUUGCAAGCAAGUGGGGUUCGAUAUUUGUUGGUUUCACGCGGUGUGCAUCUUACUUCCGGUUACAUACAUGGUGGCGAUGGUGGUGAGUAUAAUAAGAAAGAUACCAGAAGUCAAAAAUUUAUAGUCCCAUGGUGUGAUCAAUUGAGGGUACUUUGUCAUUCUUCAAUCGGAGGAUUUUUGACUCAUUGCGGGUGGAAUUCGGUGAUGGAAUCGCUAUAUGCAGGAGUACCCAUGCUUACAUUUUCAGUAUCUUUUGAUCAAAUUCCAAAUAGAAAACUUAUUGUAGAUGAUUUGAAAGUUGGAAUGAAAUUUACCAAGGAAUUUGGGGAGAAAGCAUUGGUCAAAAGGGGUGAAGUUGAAAAGAUAGUGAAGAAGUUCAUGGACAUCAAUAAAGAUGCAGUUAACAACGAAGCUAAGGAAAUGAGAAGAAGAUCAAGUGAAGUCAAGGAGAUGUGUAGAAAAGCACCGGAAAAAGGUGGUUCAUACGACACCAACCUCAACGCUUUUAUCAAAGACAUCCUCCAUUUCCCUGGUAAUUAA